GUGACUUUAGCUGUGGAGUCUGGCCUCAGCACAGCUCCCACCCAGCUUUCUAGGGACAUCGGGCUCACGGGACAUCGGGCUCACGGGACUCAAUGGGACUUGGGCUGUGGAGUCUGGCCUCAACACAGCCUGCUAGGGACGAUUCAGGGUACGGGUGGUCUGUGCACACAACAGGGACAGUUCAGGAAACGGGUGGUCUGUGCACACAACAGGGAAAGUUCAGGACACGGGUGGUCUGUGCACACAAUAGGGACAGUUCAUGACACGGGUGGUCUGUGUGCACAACAGAGACAGUUCAGGACAUGGGUGGUCCUGUGCGCACAACAGGCACAGUUCAGG